AUCCCGCCAAAUUUGCUGAAAUAGAUUUAUUCUACUUUUUUUUGUAAUAUUUGUAGUAAAUUAAAAAUGGAUGAGCAUCAGACUACACGCGUUAAUGCAGCGAUGUUGCCUAGCUACCAAGGAAAGAACGUCUGCUUGAUGGGCAUGGCGAAAGACGUUGACACCAAUGGCACUUCAUUCACCCUCACAACAAGUGAUGGAAAAGAUGUCAGAAUUCAAAUGCAAGAGCCUCUGAGCGAGUAUGUGGCUGGUCUGACUGAGGUCCAUGGACAGGUGGAUGGAAGGAACAGCAUUCAGUGUCAAAACUACAUCAGCUUCUCAGAUGAGAACUCACAGAGCUUCAGCUUAGACCUCUACAACAGUGCCGUAGAACUUAUGGUGCGUGCACCACAGCAUUACCAACAGGGGAUCCAGCCAUCACAGUGAUAGAACUACAUGUAAACUUGAGUGUAAAGUCAUGACUUCAUGGAAAGGAAUAUACCUUACACACUUUCUUGGUUCACUUGCCCGCUCAGUCCAUUUAACUGACAAAUAAAUGCCAUAAUGCUAUAUACCUUACACACUUUCUUGGUUCACUUGCCCGCUCAGUCCAUUUAACUGACAAAUAAAUGCCAUAAUGAUAAGAGUGCUUUUUGUACAUUAAAAUGAAGGGCACAUUAUUAAGACUGUUUUUCAAGCUGAAAUAUUUAUCACUAUCUGUCUUUUUUGUUCAUGUUGAACCACCCAUGUGUACAUUUUGUAUUCAAACUUAAUCACAUGCGUUAGCUGUUUCCUGUGUUAUACAAGUUCCAGCAUUUGCAUAAGUUUGUAAACAAAUGGUCAUAGUGUUACAUGUUUGUUGCAAAACAUUAUUUUUGUGUCAUUAAACAUAAACGUGUCAAAGAGAAAUACAUGUCUGAUAGAUAA